CCUGUCCUCAAUUUUCCCCACAACCGUUGUUUUUUUCUUUUGCUUUUGCACUCAUUGAAUUGGAAGAAGAUAUGGAAAAUGUGGUUGAUGUUUUGAUUGUGGGAGCUGGAAUAUGUGGUCUCACUACUGCAUUGGGACUUCACAGAUUGGGUAUCCGAAGCUUGGUUUUGGAGUCGUCGGAUGAUUUGAGAGUCACUGGAUAUGCCUUGUCCUUAUGGACGAAUGGUUGGAAGGCGUUGGAUGCCGUUGGAAUUGGUGAUUCACUUAGGCAAAACCAUGACCAACUUGACGGGUAAUCAUACACCAUCCAGCCUUCAAUGCUCUUUUCUUUCCUUUUUGGAUUCAUGGUGUUUGUUCUUAUGCCAGUAUGAAAACUUCGAGAUUAUUACUUCAUCAAUGAUUUCAGGGGAUAAAACAUCAGAGCUUUUGUUUUCAGCCCCAGAAGAAGGUGGAGUCCGUUGUGUGAGAAGAAAGUUUUUGCUGGAAUGUCUGGCCAAGGCACUUCCAAGUGGAACCAUCAAAUUCUCCUCCAAGGUAGUUGCCAUUGAGGAGUCUGGUUUGCUUAAACUUGUGCAUCUUGCUGAUGGAACCUCAAUCAAGACUAAGGUGCUAAUUGGAUGUGAUGGGGUUAAAUCAGUGGUGGCAAAAUGGCUAGGCUUCAAGGCACCAGCCUUCACAGGGAGAUGUGCUGUGAGAGGUUGUUUACAGCGUGAGUCCAACCAUAAUUUUGGACGAAAAGUGAGCCUAUAUGCUGGUGAGGGAGUUCGAGCGGGUAUCAUUCCUUGUGAUGAUAAGACUCUUUAUUGGUUUUUCUCUUGGACCCCCUCAGCUGACGUGAAGGAAAUGAAAAGGAAUCCAGUAAAACUGAAACAACUUGUGUUAAGCAAGCUUGGAGAGAUACCUGAGGCAGCAAGGGCUGUGAUAGAAGAAACUGAUGUGAGUUGUUUUCAACCAGCACCAUUGCAAUACAGACCUCCAUGGGAGCUCAUGUUGGGCAACAUUGUGAAAGGCAAUGUGUGUGUGGCUGGUGAUGCAUUGCACCCUAUGACUCCAGACUUAGGCCAAGGUGGGUGUGCUGCUUUGGAAGAUGCAGUAAUUUUAGCCAGAUGUGUUGCAGAAGCCCUGCUGAAGAAACCAAGCAGCCAGGAGGGGGAGAAGGCAGAAAGAGAGCAGCAAGUGCAGGUUGAGAUGGGGCUGAAGAAGUAUGCGUCAGAGAGGAAAUGGAGGAGCAUCGAGCUGAUCGGUACAGCUUAUAUGGUGGGUAGGAUACAACAGAGCAGUGGGGUGUUUGCUAAGUUUAUUAGGGAUAAAAUUUUGUCUAAGUUUCUGGUUGGACUCUUACUUAGAAAUGCAAAAUUUGACUGUGGGAAACUGACCUCUUCUUUUUUAAGGUAACGACUCUCGUUGUCACUGCUUUUCUUUUGGGAAAAAUUUUAGUGUGUUGGUAAGUUAGCAUAAUGGCAAGUGCUGAAGUUUGCUGGUGUGCAAAUAUAUAGAAAGAAAGAUAGUAACCUCGUUGAUCAUCUUUGUUGUAAGAUAGUUGCCUUUUGGAAAUUUUUUAAUAAAACAAUGGCAGGUGAAGCUCUUGUUUGUGAGGA